AUGUCUGCUCGCAACCUCACUGCUCUUGGUUUCUCGGUGGGUAUCGGCGUCAUCACAGGAGUCUACAUAUUCAAGCCAACUCUUCAGGAACAGAGUGAAUUCUGGCGAAAUCCGGGGUAUGUUGUUUCUGCACAAGUGCUCACCCUCGGGCCUCUUGUUGACCUGAAGCAGUGA